UGCUGACCAAUCGGUCUAGACGCUCAUCUCAGGCAUGGCUCUCUCUGGUGGCGGAGAUGCAGAUGAGAGCUUUGAUAUUGACACCAAAGUUCAGAUGAGUGGCGUACUUCUCAAGCAGCCAUUCGGUCAUAAAUCAAAAGGGAAAUGGCAGAGACGAUUCUUUAUUAUUAAAGAAGGUUUCAUUCUUUACUAUGGAGAAACAGAGAAAAGGAGCUUUGAGAGAUCUCAUCAUUUCAACAUCCAUCCCAAGGGUGUUAUUCCAUUGGGUGGUUGCACUGUCAAACAAGAAUCAGAAUCUGGAGAUAAGACUAAGUUUCCUUUAAUAGUUGAGCAUCGAGACUUCAAGGGAAAAAUUCUGCUUGCUGCAGAAAAUGCUGAAGAAAGAGAUAAGUGGAUAGACAUGAUCAGAAAUUCAGGCAGAGUUACAUGGAAGAAUGCGCAAUUGGGUGAUGCUAUGAUUCACCAGCUGGAGCAAGAAAGUAGGAAAAUGGCUGAACAGCAAGAAAAAGUUAAAGACCUGCUGCACAAUGAAGCUACUGCAUUAGCAGAGGAGAAGGGAAAGAAAGAGGAUUUAGAGAAACAAGCAGCUGAUCUUGCUCGUGAAAAACUGUCUAUUGAAGAGCAGUUGGCAAAGUUUAAGGAAGACAAGGAAGUGACUAUGAGUGAACUUCAAGGCACUCUAGAAACUCUUCGUCAAGUAAAGCAAGACAAAGAGCACAUUACACAAUCUUUGCAGAGUUUGCAAGAUAGAUUCACGGAACUUAACCAAGAAAAAGAGCUUACUGCUAGUCAACUGGAGGAACGCAAUCGAAUAGCCUCACAACUUUUGGAAGAAAAAGAGAGGCUGGCAUCGCAGACACAGUCUUUGACUGAAACAUUGCAGACAGUGGAAUCAGCAAAAGAAAAACUUGCCAGGGAACAUCAGUUGGCAGAGGAGCUUUUGCUUAAAGAAAGUGAGGAGAAGCAAAAGAUAGAAAAAGAAAGGAAACGACAGUCAUUAAUUGUACAAGAGAAGGAAGAACUUAUUAAAAUUGUGGAGCAAGAGAAGAAAGCCAAAGAGAAGGCUUAUCUUACAGAAAAAAGACAGCGUGUGGCAACAGAAAAGCGACUUCGUUUGGCAGAAGAUUCCCUAAAGAGAGUUGAUCGUGCUUUAAGAGAAAGUGGAAUCAACUUGGACAUUGAAAUUGAACUUGACGUUCAGAACUUGAGAAAAUUUUUUGAGGAAGCAGCAGAAGAGGCUAGGCUAGAUGCAGAGAAACCUCGGAUCAUGAAAGAUGCUGUGUUAGCUCGUACCAGUUAUGUUCGUAAGUCUGGCAUCAUUUCUGGCUCACCUGAAACAUCUCCUUUGAUUGAUCGGAAAGCAGAACAAGAACAAUCAGCAAUUGUUGACGGCAGCGAGUCGCUUAAAACAGAUGAGAAAAAGGAGGAAAAGGGUGACAAGAAGGAAGAGGAAGAGGAAGAGGAGAAAGGAAGGAAACUAACAACAGAACAUCGUCCAGAAGAUCUGAAUCAGCAUAUAGAAACAACGCAAGCAGACUAGAAUUGGUGGUAAGCCUUAAUGUUGUGAAUGCUUAGCUGCCAAAUGUUCAAGCAGUGUGUUAACACCCAUUGCUUGAAAUCAUGCUAUCUGCUGCUGAAUUAGGCAUUGUUUGAUUCUGAAUAUUAAAUGUUGAAUAAAGUAGAUUGGAAUUGCUAUACUUUCUAA